AUGUUUUUGUGUGACGUGUUUGCUGCAUUUUGGUUUCCUCCAUGUGUCUUCUGCAGAAACGUGCUGCUGUGGAUGGAGAACCUAACAGCAGUAACUCCUCUCACAGAGCCGAUAGUGUUUGAACUGGAAGGGUUCUACGUGCCGCCGGGUUUUGGUCCUUUCUUGUUCUUCCUGGCUCUGUUUGCCUACUUGGUGGUGCUGUUGGGGAACGGCGUGGUGGUGUGUGUCAUUGUUAUGGACAAGAACUUGCACAGACCCAUGUUUGUAAUGGUUUGUCACCUUCUGGUCUGUGAUCUUUUGGGGGCCACAGCCGUGCUGCCUCACCUCAUGAUGCACUUCUUGAUGGGACAGAAGAGGAUCGCCUACACUCCUGCCAUCACCCAGGCCUUUUCUGUGCACACAUAUGGGGCCGCAGUGCAGACUAUUCUGGCCGCAAUGGCCUAUGACAGGUACAUUGCAGUGUGUGAGCCGCUCAGGUAUCACACCAUCAUGACCUCGGCUCGGCUGCACUCCUGCUGCGCCCUGGCCUGGUUCUUUGCUCUGCUGCUCAUUGCUGUGCUCUUUGCUUUCCACAUGAAAGUCCCGUUGUGUGGCCGAACCAUCCUGCACGUGUAUUGCAGCAACCGAGGGAUCCUAAGCCUCGGCUGCAUUCCCACGCCCGCUAAUGACAUCUAUGGUCUGUCCAUGACCUGGACUCUGAGUACAGGGGUCUUCCUCAUCGUUGCUUUUUCCUACAUCAGGAUCCUGCGUGUUUCUUUAAAACUCGACAGAGUCUGCAGCAAGGCCUUUCAAACUUGCGCUUCUCAUCUCAUCGUAUACGUGGUCUACCAAAUAGCUGUAUUGAUCAUAGUUGUGAGUUACAGGUUCCCCUCUACCUCGCCUAAUCUAAAAAAGUUUUUCAGCAUGGUGUUCAUCAUCAUUCCACCAGCCAUCAACCCCAUUAUCUACGGACUGAUAACUAAAGAUUUACGCAGCAGCAUUUUUAAGCAAUUCACCACACAAGUCUGUCACAAAAAGUGA